CUUCAUGAUCAUCAUUACUUAUAUGUACAGUUAUUGAUUGCCUAUACUAGUCCGUCUAGAAGAAGUAUCAGGACUUGGGUGGUGUAUGUGUGUUUUGUGGUAUGUCAACCCCUUAUUUUAAAUGAAAAUUAGAAACACAUCACACCAAUCUUCCUAUUCAACGCUAUAAGGUCGGUGUUUAUUGUCUUCACUGAACGUUUGGGGAUGUUUGCGUUGGAUUUCUUGAGCAUUUGCCUUUUGUUAAGAUUACGAUCCUCAGCUCCCUUUCCCACGAAAAGGCGCUUUUGUCUGAGGCGCUCAAACACCAGCAACAUCAAGUCACACAGACUGCUGACAAAGUAACGGAAGUCGAUCAUUGUACCUUCAACAUAAAGGCGUUGUUUUUUUCCCAAGCAGUGGAUUCUCUCUGACCACACCAUCAUGCUCUGACCACAACUUGACACCUGGCUGUACACAGUUUCACAGCCUUUACAAAAAUAAGUUUUAAAAACAACAUCUCUGGUUUAAUCAUUGUUUUUGCAGGUAAUUACAUGUUACAUCCCAUGCUGAAAAAUCUUAUGUGGCACUAAAUAUAACACGGGAAGAGUAUGUUUUGUUAAUUUUACACUAAGGCUGCUACUAAGAAUUACUGUCAAUAGGCAUUUUUCACAGCAGACAUUUUGACUUGCGUGGCUGUGAGCUGGCAUGCACAAUACCAGGACCCUGAAACUGAAGUAGCUAUGUGGAAUUCAGCCAUUAUUAUUUUUGAUUGUUUAGACCUGUGCUUUUAUGUCUGUGAAAUUUCAAAGUACCUGAAGAUUAUUGUUGCAUUUACAAAAAAUAGCGAACAUGCCCACCAGUUUCUGACAUCUUCCAAUUGAUUGUUUUCUGCAACCAGCAGUCCAAAAUAUAAAGAUAUUCAAUGUAAAACAAUAUAAAACCAAGAAAAGAUGCAAAUUCUCACAUUUGAGAAGCAGGCAACAGCAAAAUAUUGGCAUUUUUUCUCAAUAAAUGACUGAGAACAUUAACGUAUUGCUAAAAUUGUUCUAAAUUAAACUUCUGCUUAUCGAUUAAUAAACUAAUCGUUUCAACACCAAUUGUCACCUUCACAGCUUCUGCCCGUUAGCAAAGGGGAUUUAUGAUGGAGGGGUUAACAGGAAGAGGUGUGGUGAAGUUCCUGGUGACUUGACAAGGGGUCCAGCAUUGCUUGUGGUAGGAGGAGGGAGGGAUAAUAAUGGGAGGAGAGACACGGAGAGAUUAUCAACAUCAGGGCUUUUAGAAAACGUGCAGUGUGCUCUCUUUCUGCUGAAACUGGCGCCUGUUUGAUGAUAAAUGAGCCCUGUUCUACACAUUAAAGUUAAUUACAAACUCUCACUUAUGAUUAAAGCUACUUUCAGCAAGUUUGGACAAAGAAGAGUGCGCACAUAGAAACCACGGUGCAGAAAGUUUAAAUGGGCUGAUGUCGGACUAAUGAACGUGGCCUGGGUUAAUGGAUUUUUACUGAGACCGCAAAGUAUUUUUGAGGAAGUUUAACCAUAACCAUGGAUGCUGAGGAUUCAUUUUAACAUUUCUUUUGAUCCACGCGAGGACUGAGAAGAAAAAUGUGACCACCUGCUUUUAUUCAACACCGUCUUUUUAUUUUGAAAACAGCAUUUUUCCCCCCCAAUAUUACUUCACUCCGAAGAAGAAGAAAUGAACGGCUGAAUUUAAACUGCGAAACGAGUCUAAAAGAAGAGCAUCAAUGGAUUGAAAGAUUGUACUUGACGCUUCAAGUGGAAAAAGUGCCUCAAGCAAGGUUGGGAGAUGUGUAAAGGAGUGUGACGGACGGCCAUGGGACUGGAGAGACGGUGGCUUCAGGCUGUCACCAUUGCUGUAGCCAUCUGUCUGCUAAGUGUGUCUCAAGGUGUGACUUCACUGGUUCGUGCCCGAGAGGGGAGCUCUGCAGAGCUGGGCUGUGAUCUCACUCCUACAUCUAAAGAAGCCACCACCCCAAACCUCUUUCCUCUACAUGUGGUGGAGUGGGUGCGCCUCGGUUACAACGUUCCCAUCCUCAUCAAAUUUGGAGUGUAUGCUCCUCGUGUUCAUCCAAACUACAAGGGCCGCGUAUCUCUGACCCAGGGUGCCUCUCUGCUGGUGGAACGGCUGACCCUGGAGGACGAGGGCUGGUUUGAAUGCCGCAUUCUGCUCCUGAAUAGCAAAACCGACAACUUUCAAAACGGCACAUGGACCUUCCUCUCUAUCACAGCUCCACCUGUGUUUAUCAAGACUCCACCAACUUUUGUGGAGGUUCUGCUCGGAGACUCGCUGACUCUCAGCUGUGGAGCCCAUGGCAACCCUCGGCCAACUGUUGUCUGGCAUAAAGAUGAGAACCCGAUUGAGAAACAUGAAAAAAUAAAAGUGCUCAAUGGUACCUUGUCUUUGGCCUCCAUCACAAGAAAUAUUUCAGGAGUGUACAAAUGUCACGUGUCCAACACAGAGGGGAACCUGACCCAUUAUACACAGCUGCAGGUCAAAGGUCCCCCAAUCAUCAUCAUCUCACCAGAGGACACCACUCUCAACAUGACCCAGGAUGCAGUUCUGCAGUGCCAGGCUGACGCUUACCCUUCCAACCUCACCUAUGAAUGGCUGAAACAGGGACAGAAUGUUUACCAUAUUGAGUCCCUACAGUCGCGUGUAAAGGUUUUAGUGGAUGGAACACUUCUUAUCCCUAAUCUAAUCCCAGAAGAUGCUGGCAAUUACACUUGUAUCCCAACUAAUGGGAUACUGACACCGCCCUCAGCCUCUGCACAUCUGAAAGUGAAACACCCUGCUCGUGUUGGCCGAAUGCCUAGGGAAACAUACUUGCCAGCCGGAAUGGAGGGCGUCAUUGUCUGCCCUGUACAGGCUGAUCCUCCUGUGCUAUAUGUCAACUGGACCAAAGAUGGGAACAAUUUAAAUCUUGACAAUUUCCCAGGUUGGAUGGUGAACUCUGAAGGCUCAGUUUUUAUAGCAACAGCCAAUGACAAUGCUGUUGGCAUGUACACCUGCACUGCAUAUAACAGUUACGGCACUAUGGGCCAGUCUGAACCCACCCAGGUCAUUCUGCAGGACCCCCCAUCUUUCCGAGUGACUCCUCGGCCUGAGUACUUUCAGGAGGUGGGCAGAGAGUUGAUCAUCCCCUGUGAAGCCAUUGGAGACCCCGCUCCAAACAUAACGUGGAGCAAGAUCGGCCCUACUCCUCGCUCCCUGCACACUGUGUUGGCUAAUGGCUCCCUUCUGCUGCAGCCACUCAGUAAAGACCACCAUGGGGGCUGGGAGUGCCUGGCCACUAAUCGAGUAGCUACUGUCAGUGCAGGCACUGUGGUCAUGGUGCUGGGCACCAGUCCUCAUGCUGUGUCCUCAGUGUCUGUCACCACAGAGAUGAACCAGGCCAAUGUAUCUUGGGUGCCUGGCUUUGAUGGUGGAUACACCCAGAAGUUCACUGUAUGGGUCAAGCAGGCAUCCAGAGGGAAACAUGAAUGGGCUUCCUUGCCUGUGCCCACAUCCAAAAACUAUCUGCUGGUAACCGGGCUACUUGCUGGCACUGGCUAUCAGUUCAGUGUCUUACCUCAGAAUAAACUCGGCUCUGGACCUUUCAGUGAAAUUGUUUCUGUGCGAACUCAAGCUGUCCCAACAGAAGCACCUAUGGUCGUCACCAGUCUCCCAACUCUGGAACCUCCCGUAUUCCUGUCAGCCAAUCGGACUGGACGAGGUGUUUUCCUGCAGUGGUUACCUCCUGAGGCUCCAUCCUCUCCACUGACAGGUUAUGUGCUGCAGGCUCGCCGGGAUCAGGGCCAGUGGGUCAUCCUCAGCAGUAACAUCAGUGCCAAUCAGAGUGAACUACUAGUACAAGGACUGCUGCGGGACUCCAGUUAUGAUCUGAGGCUGAUGUCCCGCAGCAAUAAAAUACUCAGUGAACCGAGUGACUCUGUUAAUGUAUCCACCACAGGGAUGGAGAUUUACCCUUUGCGCCCAAGUUUCUUGGAGGUCAUCCCUGAGCCUCUGUUGGCUGGUGUGUUGGGAGGAGUGUGCUUCCUGUUCAUGGCCAUCAUCCUCUCCUUGGUGACAGCUUGCUAUAUGAGUAACAGGAGACAACGUCGACGCAGAAAGAGAAGACAAGAUCUCCCAUCUGCCUUCCAGAAGAGCCCAUCUACAGAAGCUCGCUCGCCUCCUAGCAGCCCAGACAGUGUCUUAAAGCUGAAGCUGUGCCCACCACUUCCCUUCUUCCCCAACCCCUCCUCACAGUCUGAUCGGUCCUCCUUUGAUAAAGGCAGCCGUGGGGAAUACCACGACCAGCGGAAACAACUCUUAUCCAACUCGUCUCCACCACCUCAUUACACACUUUUUGAGAGUCACCUGGGGUCCCAGGCCUCCUCACCAACUGCUUUGGAGUCCAUCUCCAGAGGCCCUGAUGGACGCUUUAUUGUCCAAGCACUGCCAGAGGGUUCCAGCCCCUCCAAUAAGAAAAUCUUGAAGAACGACGUCCUGCAAAGUAAUGGUGGGGUGAGUUGCUCAGGAAGUAAUCAGACAUCAUUCAGAGACUCUCCAAAGUCAAGCAUGAGCUCAGAGAAGGACGAGAGGAAGGAUUCUCCUCUCACUGUGGACGUCCCAGAGCUGAGCAGGCCUCCUUCCUCCCCUGGAAGAGUACGGGCCAUGGCAAGAAACUUCUCCCGUCACGGCUGCUUUUACUCUGAUGACGAACAGGGCUCAGAGGCCCUACUGGAAAGAGCCAGCUUCUAUUCAGACAACAGUGAGAAAAAACCCAGUGAUUCUCUGAGGAGGUAUCGCAUGCCGGGCCACACUGAAGACCUUUUCCCUACUUUGGGCAGAAGAACCAAGCUUCUGGACAGAGAAAGAGACAGGCCACACCAUUCAGGCUACCAGCCUAUGGAGAGUCAGCUGACUAAUAACAGCACCCUGGUCUCACAACUUGACAGUGAGCUUGAGAGGGACAGCAUUAACAAGUGUGUCCAACUGGCAAAGGAGAGGGAAGAAAUGGAGAGGGAGCUACAGAACUAUACAGCUAAUCAGAGAAGUCGUAGGAAAGAUGAUUAUCCGUCUAAUAAGACACAAAGCCCUCAAAGGGGCUCGCCCAAAUCAGAAGAGGACCCUGUAUGGAAACCACAAGAUGUGACCAUCAGACAAAAACACAGGUCCCCAGGUCAGACAAAUCGGGUAUCUGACUAUCGGAGGGCGUGCUACUUUGGGAACACCAGCAGUCCAAUGGACCGGCUUCCUACCUCUCGCAUACAGUGGGACAUUAGCCCUGUUACAUCAGUCACCAGCCUCAUUCCAGCACAGAGCCCCCGGGAGACCACAUCGCCCAGGUCAAAGCAUCCUUACACACGUAGAGAAACCACAGAGGACUCUCUCGCUGUUGAUUCAUCACGAUCUCCGGUCACCCAGAACACCUCCCUUCCCAUGCUCUCUCCUGACAUCACUUCAGAAAGCUCCCCUAUUCUGUGCUUAGAGACACCUGACAGAGCCAGGUCAAUGAGUCCUCAGAGAGAGCCGGAUAUAUGCAGGAAGUCCAUGACUGAGGAAGGCUUAAGGGGAAAGAACCAGGACAGAGGUUUUGCUUCAAGGUCCAGAAAUUCAUACGCUUAUGGCACUCAGCCUUGGGAUACAGCUUCCAGAAGUCCUUUAGUCGACAGCAUGAGGCCUCAAAGUCCAACUCAGCCUUUAACUGCUUCUGCACCAUACACAGCCACAAGAGAUCCCAGUCCCUCAAGUUAUUCUACUUUACCCUAUGAACAUCAUGAAGUUGGAGCAAAGGCCAAAGACAGGGAGGCUCAGGGCCUCGAUGACCGACGAUCUUCGGGCUUUUACUCUGAAUUAGAAAGAGAGGGAGUCCGAGCGCGCUCCAGGAGGAGUGACAAAUGUCUUUUCUCUGAUAGUCCCAGCCCUGUUUCAACAUUGACUCUUGUAGAAGAAGUUGAUAGUGAUCAGUCCCAAUUUUCUGUCCCCAGAAUGUCAGGGUCCUUCAAGGCCAAGCCUGCAGCCCCAUCCCCCAAAAUGUCCCCACUGCAAACAAGUGCAAUUCUUGAAUACCUGAGCCUUCCAGGUUUCAUCGAAAUGAGUGUGGAUGAGCCUGUAGAAGAAGCUGAAGUCACAGACACUGUGGGACAGAGCUCACACUUAAAACCAGUAAAGUCUCUGGUGGCUAAACCUGAUGUAGUCCCUAAAAACUGGGAGGUUCAUGUUCAGGGGGAAACAGACUCAAACCAAAAGGAGGUUUGCUUUGAGCAAACACGUUCUGUAGGUGCUGCAGAGGCAAGCGUUGACUUUAGUAAAAAACAAGGCUAUAGACGCUCCCUCAAUAUGGAAGGUAGAGAUCCUUCACACAGAGUUAGAUUUCCUGAUGAGAUAAGAGCAUCAUCUCCUGGUCCAGAAAAAACUAGCAAGCAACUUUAUGAUGAGAAAACACAAAUUCGGAAUAAAAGCGCAGACAGACCUGAGUCCAGACUUGGAUCCAGAUCAGCUCAUACCUUGUUUAGUGCAGCUAAAGGCAUGGCAGACAUAGCGUCAAAACAUUCACAGAGUUUUGUAGACCGCAGUGAGUCUCCAUCAGAACAAUCCCAAAGACAAGCUUCUCAGGGCAGCAGGACUAAUAAUAUUGCAUCGCGAAUAUGUCAAGCCCCUGUGCCAUUUUUGAAGAAAUCCUUAAGCAUAGGCCCUUGUAGGACGCUCUCAGGGAUGGGACAGCCUCGUCCUUUCCUAAAGAAAUCCAUCAGUCUAGGCUCACAGAGGUGGGAACACUUUGAAAGCCCGAGGACAUACAUUUCUGAGAGAUGUUACUGGGACGAGUUCCCAAACCCAGAUGUUAGGGUCAAGUCCUACAGUUUGGGUCGCACUCCGUCUUCCCUUCCCAGGCCAGGCCCCUCCUGGAGGGAGUAUAUCCCGUUCAGACGCCCCAGCAUGGGGAGCCUGGAGAGGCCUCACCACACACAAAGACCUUUAGCUAGUCCUUCCUACCUCACUCCUUCAAUGUACCCACCCAGACAAACCUCAAUCUCCCCAGUGCUUGAACCCUCUGAUCCACGACGGCAAGCCACCGUUUUCCCCGAGUCCUCCCGGUGGUCCCCCUCUUAUCAGGACACCCUGAGGUCUGCUCAGCAUAAGUAUAUCCCCAUGCCCUCCUCCAUUCCAGUCUCCCAGUACCAGCACUGGCCAGGAUCCAGAGCGGAAAACAUAAGACCCAUGGACCCCAGGAGGGGCCCUCCGAGGUCCUACCUGCCCAGAGGCAUCAGCUGGCCCUCACCCUACUACGCCCCCUUCCCACCGAGGGAGGGAGAGGGUUACAGACAGCCAGACAGGGUGAUGGGGAGGGGAGGUGAGACCGAGAUCCGGGAGGUCAGAGAGGGAGGGAGGGCCAGUUAUGCCAGUCAGAGCAGUGGUAGAGGUAGCACCGGUCUCUUCCGACAGUCCCUGUCCAUCACUCCCACACUGCUCAGCUCCCCAGAAACCACAGAGGAGAGUGAGCGGCACAGAGCUGACAUGGAGCUACCUGAGAGGAGAGCGAAAAGAAGGAACACAUCAGUAGAUGAGAGUUAUGAGUGGGACUCUGCUGAUGCCUGUGUGGACUCGGAGGUCCUGGAGGCCAUGAAGUUUGAUCAGUCACAAAUGGGUUUCCGGAAAGGCAGGGGGGAGCUCAGAUAUGAUCAAGCUGGUGGCCUCCAGGACCAGCGAAAGAAAGGCCCGUCUCCCUCAGUCAGCCCACCAGUUUCCAACCCACCUCGCUGCCAGUUCAGUCGCUCCCUAAGUGAGGCGCGUUUCAACGCUCUCCGCCUGGAGUACCAAGAGUAUAGGCGGGCUCAGGAAUCCACCUGUUCCCGUGAGCCCUGCCUCACGCCUGGCUACGAUUCAGACUCUGACUGCAACUCAGCACUGCUCUAGCAGCUUAACUCGGUUUGUGGAAAACAGAUACCAAAUAACAGUUUUAUGAACAGAUGACAGCACUGUGGUCCUGGACAGUGUCACACCUCACUGGAGCUUUGUCACAUGAAAGAGCUCAUUGUUUAAAGUUUUGAUCCUCUGUUACAGCACACUAAAAUUAUCUGGUUUCAAGGGACAGUGACAGAUGUAACGGGCUGCAUCUCCUCAGUUGUCAUCAGAUGACAUAUUCUUUUUUUCUUGUUCUUGUUCCACUGUGCUUUGGAUAAUGAAGCUGAGAAGGGAUUAUUUAUUUUUAUAACAAGCUUGUGCAACUGUAUUUUGGGAUUUUUUUUUUUGUUAAACCUUGACAAUCAGACACACAGGGCCCCUUUGAGGAAAGACACGCUCACCCUCGACAAAUAUAAGUUUACAGUUAAGAUUUGAGAAAGACCUGCUUUAUAAAAGCAGCAGCAUGCAACAUGAUGAAGGUUUAUUUCAUGUUUAUGUCUAUCACAAAGGUAUGCUUAUGACAAUUAUGUAGGUCCAAGAUGACAUCUGUUGGUGGAAAUGUCUAUAUCUGUAAUAUUCCCAGUGUAACAGUGCUCAAAGCAUUUUCACCACCCUCUCCCUCUGAAUUUGACUUAAGUACUCAAAUAAUAGUACUUAAAGAAUACAUGAUUAAGUAACUCUGAUUUUUAUCCUUAAGAACUAAAUCUUUGAGCAGUUCAUGAUAUCAAACUUUAUCACUCCGAACAAUAAUUUAUUGUAUUCAAAGAUGAAUUUGUGUCAUCUUUGCCACUCUUACCUGCUGGUUCCCUGAAAUCAUUCACAUCAGUCAGCACAGUGUUCCCCUGUUGAGAUUUUAUAAAGCAAAUCUCUUAAAAAUAGCCUCCCAGUAUUUGUUAAAAUAUCUGUACAAAUGUUUAUAUGUACCUUAAUGUGAAUGAACCUUGCUGUUGUAUAUUCCACAUUUACCAUUUCAUCACACGAGAAAAUGCUACUUUACUCCACCUGAAUCGGUCAAACUUUGCCUCUGUGAAUGACAGACAGUAAAACUUGAUAAGAAACACAGGGGAAACGAAUUUUGCCUUAUUUUCAUUAAUUUCAUAUGGACUCUAGUUGACUGACUACAGAAGGGUUGAGCUGACAAGCUAUAAUCAAACUCAUCAGAGGAUUCAGUUAUUAAAAAUGUACCUUUUUUUACAUGAGCUUUCUGGAUAUUUAUUGAGGCGAGUUAUGAUAUGCAACAAUGUUUACAAUUCACAUCACCGAUGUGAAGACAGCACUGUGAAUAUUUCAUCGACUUCUAAUUCUGUAUUUGAAUUGUGAGUCUGUUAUAAAUUGUGUGCCCAUUAGCCUACGUUUUUUUGUUUUUUUUACUGGAAAAUGACAAAAGCUGUUUUUGUACGUCACCUGACAAACUGAGAGAUUUAAAUAAUAUCUUUGUAGCUAUACUUUGGGAAGAGUCAACAUUUGUACUAUAUUUACUUAAAUAACGACGAUGAUGAUGAUGAUGAUGAACAUCUUCAUAUGGAGCGAGUAUGCAUUUCUGAUGAUGGUUUUGGAAGUUUUGUACAAAUUGAUUUUUUUUUUAUCUUGCCACCUGGUUGUUUUUGUCAUUUUUAUAUGUUUGUAAUGA